CCCCCCUCUUUAAGAGCAUGUCAGAGGCGCCUGUGGGAUGGAGUUUGUGUCGCACAUUACUCUUUAUCUGGAUGCUGCUCGAGUGCCAUUUAUGAAGACAGUCGCGUUUCUCCAAACUUCACAACACACAUCGUCCAUCCUGUUUCCCCACACAAACUUUCAGCGUCUAUUAUCGGAUUAAAACUUAUAAAAAGAAAGUUUACAUACAGGACAGGACAGCCCAAAAUACCCAUCAUCAGACAAAGCAUGAAGUUCCAGUGCGUUUCUCUGUUCAUCUGCGCUUUACUCAUUGGAGAGUGUUGUGGAUCUCGCCUGGACCGGUUGGUGAGAACUGGAUUUCAAUAUUUGAAGCUCAAUCUGUGCCGGAAGGUCUCAUUACCGGAUAGCGAGUGCAGAAAAGUCUCCCAUCUUCACCUGAGCGGAGUCCUGGUGUACGUCUCUGAAUUAAGCUCUGGAAAAGUGCUCGCAAUACUACCCGAUUCAUACUCCAGCGGCACUGCCCCGUCAAAGCACAACGCUUACUCUGUGGAUGAAGAGAGUAGGACAAAUGUCGAACUCUACCCCGCAGCCAGUGCGCAUGACGCGGUGCUGGUUCUGGACCCAAGUCCCGGUGAGAGUUUCGGACACCCGGUGGUUCUGUUCUACGUUGACUUUAACAUAACUAAGAAGAAAUGUGCUCAUAUGGAUGGGGUUUAUCUUGGAGAGGAGUGUUUGACGAUGGCAGUAAAAACACGCUGUCAGAAUCAGCUGAAGCGCAGACGGAGUCGCAGUGAUCGUAUGGUGAGCCGGGCGAGGGCCCGCAGAACCACGGCGAGCAGAAUCAGCCACGUGGAGCACAGCAGCGGCCACUGCGAGAUUCACUUCCUGCCCCUAGUCGUGGGAGUGAAGGACAGCAACCGAACACAACGCUUACGUUGUGUAGAUCACCCAGACUAUGCCAGAUGCCCAGAGCCUUUGCCGCAGACCAGCCCCAGUGUUCCCAUCUCCAGCUGUGAGCUCAAUAAAAACACCCGCAGGUGCCAUCAGCAGCGGCUGGCCACACACCUGUCUUGCCGCCUCUACCAGACCUGUGAUCACGCUGUUCUCUUGUCAGGUGGCUGGCAGGAGCAGAUAACAUACCAGCGCCAUGUGCAGAACCUACAGCUCUUCUACCAGAUGCUGAGGAACAACGGCUUCCAUAGGGACCACAUAAAGACAUUCUUUGCUGGGAAUGGACAGGUAGCAGCUAAAGAUACAGAGGGGAUGUAUCCAGCCACAGAGAAAGAGGUGAUCAGGAAUCACAUUUCGUAUAUCUGCAGAAAGCAGCACUGUGCAGACUCUCUGGUUUUGUACCUGAACAGCCCCACGCGUAAUGAUGGCGCCAUGCUGCUCUGGGACCGCAAUAACAAUGGCAUUGCGGAUCUAAAGGAGCGUUACUCCGUAGGGGAACUGCUGGCAGAUCUGGCGGGGUGCAGAGCCAGUCGUGUGCUGCUGUUUGUGGAGCAGAGUUACAGUGGAGCCCUCAGUAAAAGACUGAUGGGAUCUCUCAAACACCUCAAUGUGGUGCUGCUGAAUGGGCUGCCCUGGGUGGACACAGCUGAGUUUUGGGCCUCUUUGCAUCCGUCGCAGUGUGUCAUAGACCACCUCAGUAAGAGUUCUGUGAUCCCUCGACUGGGUGAUGCUGCUCUGGGCCUGCUGAACGUGACUCUGGCCGGCGCUCCGUGUAACUCUACACCCCCCCUCACAGAGGCCGAGGUCAGGAAGGAAUACAUGGGAUGUCAGAAUUUACCCACAGCUCUGUGGUACCAAAAACGACCCAAAUCCAACAUCAGCAGGAAUUAAAAGAAUCCCUUCCAUUACAUGGACUACAACCACCUCUAUCAUUUUCCAGUAACCGACACUUCAGACAUCCCAGUUACGGAGUACUUCCUCCUAAAGAAAGUGGAACACUCUAGGAACUACAAGUACAAUUCAUAAACCCCUCAAAACACUCCUCCAAUCUACCCGCUAAUGCACACAGACCCUGACAAGCUGUUGAGGAGCACAGACUGUGUAAUGGGAGACUGAAAGAAGAGCAAGCAAUGCAGAACAGAAAGAGACCGAAACGUCUGUCAUGUCCUCAUGUUGAACCUCGGUUCUCUUGCUAGGUUCUCCGCAGUGGGUGUCCCCUGUGGCGUGUCCCAUGCUGUCCUCUCCCCACUCUUGCCUGCUAUGGGGGUUCAGCUCAGGGACAAGAGCGCUCCGUUACGAGUGCUCCUCCAUGGGUCAAUGCACAGGGCACGGCUGGAACUGAACAACGGUGAAAACGCCACUCUGAAACACAACUCACACUUACUUUAACAUUUCAGGACAAAUCACCGCAUCCCUCUUUUAGCUCAAUAAGGGAUGAUUUAAUAAUGAGAAAUGUUCAUUCAUGAAUGGAUUUUGGCAGACACUGGGCUUCGCAAGCAUGUAUUUAAGUAAGAACUCUGACUCCACCAUUCUUCUCUGUACUAACCACCCAUAUCUCCAAAACCUUUUAAACACCACUAACAGAAAAUGGGGAGUGUUGAGAAGAUAUUUCAAGCUAUAUACCACAGUCUAAGUAGAUCCUAUGGAAAUUCAUACACAUUGUUCAUAAAUUGCAGACAGUAUAUUUUCACAGUGCAUCUACUCGUGAGACCUUUUUAUAAUUCUCAAAAUUAAAGGUCAACUCCACCCCCAAAAUGAAUAUUUACUUAUUUUCUCCCCCCAUAUCAUCCAAGAUGUUUUUCUUCACUCAAACACAGCUAUUUUAAUAUUUAAUAGUAAAUAUUAUCCUCACUUUGUAAUAGCAUUCACAUUAUAGGGGGUAGGGCUGCACUACCCAGUCUCCUGAGG